AUGUCAGAUGGUUCUUGGAAAAGAAUGUUCGGGUUCGUCGAGACACAGCACCUCGAGUCACUGUCACUCAAUGCCAUGUUAGCUUUGAUACCGUCAUUGACAAUUAGCUGGAUCUCAGGAGAGACUCUCGUUCUUCGCAAACUGCUUAUCAACCCAUCCCAUCUUGAGCCUCCAGAAUAUAAGUGUGCUCCAAAGAGCUCUUCCAGCAUCCGGGACCAGGGUGAGGACAAGCCAUCGCUCCAUGUAGAGUUGCGACUGAUGGACUCAAACAGCUUCUCAAAAAGAGACGCCCACCAGAUUUUAGGGAAAAUAGAGUGGACUCCUCACAUGGAGCUCUCUGGUCUGUUUCCUGGAUAUAUCAAGUUAGUUCAAAGACGAAGACAUAGAUUGUGUUUUGAAGGCGUCCCGCAUGAUCCCGUAGGGACUGAUCCGGCAAAUUCGAUGAUCUCCGUUCCACUUUUUCGUCAAAUCGUCUCACACCCUGGCCUCGGAGUUCAAGCCUAA